AUGUUAACAGUUUGUCAUGGUCCACUGGGAGAAGAGAAAUCUCCUGGAGAGGAAUGGACUGCCAAUUGUUACACAUGCACCUGUACUGAUGCAAAUACUGUGGACUGUAACCUCAAGGAGUGCCCUUCUGCACCCACAUGCAAAACUGGAGAGAGACUUCUAAAGUUCCAAGAUAAUGACACCUGCUGUGAAAUCGGAUAUUGUGAACCAAGAACAUGUUUGUUUAACAGUAUUGAUUAUGAGAUUGGUGCUUCAUUUGAUGAUCCCAACAACCCAUGCAUCUCCUAUUCCUGCUACGACACUGGUUUCGUUGCAGUGGUCCAAGACUGCCCAAAGCAGACCUGGUGUCCAGAAGAAGACAGAGUCUAUGAUUCAAAAAAAUGUUGCUAUACAUGUAAGACUAAUUGUAGAUCUUCACCCGUGAAUGUGACUAUUAAGUACAAUGGUUGCCAGAAAAGAAUCAAGAUGACAAGAUGUCUAGGGGAAUGCAAGAAGACUGUCCAGUACAAUUAUACACUCUUUAAGUUGACAAAUUCAUGCCUUUGCUGCCGAGAAGAUAACUACGAGUUCCGAGAAGUUGUUCUUAACUGUCCUGAUGGCAGUACAAUACCCUACAAGUAUAGGCACGUCACAACAUGUUCUUGCUCAGACAUAUGCCAACAAUCUGUAACCCCACCAGUUAGUUAA